GGUCCCGCCGCAACCAGUCCGAACCCGAUCGUCGUACUGCACGUACGGAACCCAUGCACAUUACGCCAAUCGUCCGAUCGACCGUGAUCUGCGGGACACAGCUGCGACAUCGUAUCGUUUUGAACGUUGAACACGGUUCUUCUCGCGUUCGGUUUCCUACGCGCGACCACGAGUGGUGCUGACAACACUUGCGUUACCGUUGUUAUUCUUGUUACCGUUACCGCACGUCUUCUCCAACAACCUGAACCGGGGUCACCGUUCGGUGUUCGCGCGCAAUCCGUUCGGAUUUUUUUUCCCCGAAGCUCGUUUGUUUCAUUAUUGUUUGUUUGUUUGUUUUCUUUUUUUUUUUUUUUUUAUAUCAAAAACAUUUUCCGUUAGUUUUUUAUUUCAACGAUAAUCUACGGUUCCGGACGACCGUCAUACGUGAACACCUGAGACGGCAACGCGCGCGUGCAGUUCGCAUAAAUGCUAAACGCUUUGGAUUCCGUUGUCUCGUCCGUAGCAUGGAAUUGUCCUCGGUGAACUGUUCGCCUCGAGAUCAAAUCGUUCCCGACUCCAGUAACGGCAAUAAUUGGGCGAACGAACAGUUGGACUUUAAUUGGCAAAUGCAGUUUUUAAACACGUUACUCUAUGGGUGUGACAAACUGGAAGCAAAGGCAGAAGAGAAGCGAUUGGGCUCCGGCAUGGAUCAUAAAUCCGCUUGGUACUGCAACGCGCCGAAUAAGACCCCUGACUUUGAUUCGAUGUUACAAGGUCUUAUGGUAGAAGACCAACAUGGUAUCAAGUCUAGAAACGAGCCGGUCAUGUGUGACUUUUUCGAAUCACCUGGGAUAGUUUCUCGACCCGUCGAUUCGAGUCUGAACGGCCAUCAUCCGGAUGAAUCUCAAGAACCUCCACCCUGGUUUGAGAUGAACGAGGUGGUGGACCCUCACAUGUUCUCGACGCUUGAAGACCAAUCGUUGCAGGUGACUCACGUCAAAGUAGAAGCGCCGGAGGCCAACAGUCCAGAGUACCAGUCGGUCGCUAGCCCAGGGCUGUAUACGCCAUCAUACCUACACGUUCAUUAUCAUCACCACGACCAUCAUCACCAACAGCACCACCACCACCAUGGUUACUUCCCGCGAGUGGCUCCUAUGACGCCUCCUAUCUCCGAGCCCGAUUCGCCCGGAAAACGUCGGACGCCACCGCCACCGUAUCCUGCGCCUCGUAACACCAUUCAGAGGACAAUGAAGUUUAACAGAAGGAACAAUCCGGACUUGGAAAGGAGACGGACGCACCAUUGCAAUUUCGGUGGUUGCAACAAAGGAUACACAAAAAGCUCUCACCUAAAAGCGCACCAAAGGAUACAUACAGGCGAGAAGCCGUACCGGUGCACGUGGUCAGCGUGCGAGUGGAGUUUCGCGAGGUCGGACGAGCUGACCAGACACUACCGGAAGCACACGGGUGACAAACCGUUCCGGUGCGAGGUGUGCGAACGGUGUUUCGCCCGAUCCGAUCACCUGGCGCUGCACAAGAAACGCCAUCAGCCCAAGAACGCGGUUUCGGCGGUCGUACAGCAGCAGCAGCACCACCAACAAUUGGUGGACCAUCCGGCCAAGACGGCAGUCGAUCAUCAACAACAGAAGCAACACCUGAUGAUGAUGAACGGCAGUGCGGCAGGCGGACCCGGGCAAAAGGUCGGCGGACCGUACAUCGUGGGCGGCGUGACUUCGGCGGACGGUCAGCCGGUCCGGCAAAUGGUGCCCGUCUGAGGUGUACCGCGAGUAAGAUUCGGAAGGGGUGGUGUUUAAAACCUCGCGGUUUCGUUUAAUAUUCCGAUUUUCGUUUUUCGUCCGUUUUUCGUGUUUUCCGCACGCGAAUACCACGCGCCCGUGGUUGACCCGUAGGAAUUCGGUCGUCGCCGCCGCCGCAGUCGCACAAUGACACCUUAACGAACGACCAUUGUGCGCGUCGCGAGUGAAAAUAAUAAUAAUAAUAAUUAUAUGUAUAAUAAGCGCGUGUGCGUGUUCACACUUGUGUACGAGAAGAAGAGUGAGAGAAAAAAAAAAAACAAAAAGAACGGAUAAGUGAGACGGACAAACGACCGACCUCGCCGCCAUUCGGGUCAAACCACGUAAAUACGCUGCAGCACACGCACAUAUCGAUUCUCCUAAAGCAAACAUCGGAUAUAGUGACGGCGACAGCAGAACGUAUACGCGCGUAGUAGCCCACACGUGCGCGCGCACAUAAAACCGUAUAAUAUUGUACUAAUAAUAUACACAUGUACAAUAACGAAAUCUAUCGUUUCUCGCCUUUUACUAUUAUUUAUUUAUUCGUUUUCUAUCUGUCCGUUAUACAUAUUAUUAAUAUCAUUAUUAUUAUUAUUAUUAUUAUUAUUAUUAUUUUUGUAUUUUAAUCGUCCGCGAUCUCGUGAUUAAUGAUCCACUCGUGUCCCCCGGCCGUGUCUUGCGCGCACAAUACCGGGCUGAUUAACGGAAUGAUUGACCCGAUUCCCUACGGGUCCCCCUAGAACUCCCCACUCGCUCCCCGUGCCCUCACAUCCGAAACGCUCGCCCUCCAUUACUAUUAUAUGUCUAGUUUUUUUUAUUAUUUUUAUUUUUUUUUGCGAUUCUUAGCCUACAUUUCUCGACGACGACACUAUAUAUUGUCGUGAGGUCGAUAGGUGUUCGCAGCUAUCGGCUAAACACUUCAGUGAAAAACCUCUACUACAGCAACUGUACCCUUAUGAUUUGUAGUUAUAGCGGUCGCGUUUCUCAAAUAAUUAGUAAUGACAAAUAUUAUAUGCUUCAUUUUUGUUUCGGACAUUUCAUUCUUAAGCACUCGUUCACCGAGUUAUACAGAAAAUAAAAAACCCAACAUAUCAUGAAUAUUAUCACGGCGAUAAGAUAGCGUCCAAUGUUCCAAUUUAUUUUAUUUUAUUUUUUUUUAUCGAAUAACCGGUAACUCCACGUACCUAUAUACCACGACCAGUGACCGUCACCGAUUGUUGGAAGUAUAUUUAAAAAUAAAAAAAUACUAGUAACAUUAAUAUAGAUUUAAAAGUUUAAUAUUUAUAUAAGUUUUAUAAACUAUUUUAAUUAGAAUAACGAAUUUAAUGUUACGUAUAUGUAUAUAUAUAUUAUAUAGAAUUUAGUGAAACACAUUUCCUCGUAUGUAUGUGAACAACAACAUUAUAUCGUGUAAGAAGUUAGUAGAGUAAAAAAUGUAUAAUAUUUUUGUUAUUUUGUUAAAGUUUUUGAAAACACUACUCGUCCUAUUUAUUUAGAGAUGCCUUUAAAAAAUGUUUACGUUUUAAUAUUUUUUAUGUCGUACUUUCUUUCUUUUGAAUAUUUUAAAGUUUUUUUUUUUUUUUUUGUCAUAUUCUUACGGUUAAAUUUAUAUAUAAUAUUAUAUAGUCGAUUUAUUAUACAUCUACCAUAUAUAUCUCGAAACCACUUAAUUGUUUAUACUGCACUCAGAUUUUAACCACUUUAUUCUUCUUAUGUUAGAGGACAAACCAAAGAUUGUCUCCAAGCAUUGUUAUGUUUUUGGUUAGGACGCCGCUGAAAAACUGUGUAUUAUACCUUUAUAUUUAAACCCGUUAUAGUUUUCUGUCAUUGUUGUUUUAGAGAAAUAUACGAUUAUGAUAAUAACACAAAAGUCCUAUAAUUUUUAUGUCAAUGGCUUUCGAGCAGAAAAUCAAAAUAAUAUUAAAGCGAACAAUGUGCUUGAUCUCAUUAAAACAAAAAUCAAUUAUGUAAAAACGGAUUUAAAGAGGGAAUAUCUUAUACGCGUAAUUUACAUUUUUUUUUCGCGUUUUUAAAGUCGAUCUUUUACCAUGCUUCCACAGUUUGUUUUUUAAUCAUAUUAUAAAUAGUUAUAAAUAAAUACAGUGUAAUAGGUGUAAUAUUCAGCAUUUUGCCAGUUGACCUAUAUAGUGGGCUACAAAAAAUAACGGCAUUACGUUUACAAAUUGUACAAAAUACGAUUAUAAGUCGUUUAAAUUAUUUGUUAGAUUUAAUUUUUUUUAUAAUCAUUAUUUGUUUCUUUUUUUUUUUUUUUUUUUUUUUUGUUAAGAUUCUGUCAUCACUCGAGGGUAUUUUCUGGCCGCCCUCUAUACCUAUUUAAAAAACAUUAAAAUGUAUUUUGUUCUAA